GUCAGUGGUACAGAUUUUCAUGACUGACUUCUUCUAUGGUUUGGUUUCCAUUGCAACAUCUUUAAUGUAGAGUUCCAAACAAAGACAACGGAUUAAUGUUACUGGUUUACAUAAUUAAUGUACCUAUAAAAUUUUAAGGAUAUAAACUUCGCAACUAAUAAUGCAUUCAAUACUAUGCUGCUAUUCAUUAAUUGUCGGUUAGAUAAUAAACGUGACGCCUUUAUAAAUCCAGAUGUUAUAAUACUGGAAAAGCAUGUUAUUUAUUUUUGCGUAGGUUGUCAAUGGAAACAGGUCAUGAAAUUGAAUAUUCCGAGGAUGAAAGGAAGAAAAAGCUUGGAUCGUUCAAGAAGGUGGCAAUCAGCGCCUCAUCUAAGUUCAAGCAUUCCUUUGCUAAGAGGGGGAGGAAGCACAGCAGGGUUAUGUCUCUUUCUAUCGAGGAUGAUCUUGAUGCAGAAGAGUUGCAAGCAGUUGAUGCUUUUCGCCAAGCACUCAUCUUGGAAGAGCUAUUGCCCUCAAAACAUGAUGAUCAUCAUAUGAUGCUAAGAUUCUUGAGAGCAAGGAAGUUUGACAUUGAGAAAACAAAACAAAUGUGGACAGAUAUGCUCAAGUGGAGGCAGGAAUUUGGUGCUGACACUAUCAUGGAGGAUUUUGAAUUCAAUGAACUAGAGGAAGUUCUAAAAUACUACCCACAAGGGCAUCAUGGGAUUGACAAGGAUGGCCGACCUGUUUACAUUGAAAAGUUGGGCCAGGUUGACUCUACCAAGCUGAUGCAAGUAACAACAAUGGAACGCUAUCUCAAGUACCAUGUAAAAGAGUUUGAAAGGACCUUCGCUGUUAAGUUGCCUGCAUGUUCCAUCGCGGCAAAGAAGCACAUUGACCAAAGCACAACUAUUUUGGAUGUUCAAGGAGUGGGUCUUAAAAGUUUGAACAAAGCUGCAAGGGAUCUCCUCCAGAGGCUUCAGAAAAUUGACGGUGACAACUACCCUGAGUCACUGAACCGUAUGUUCAUCAUCAAUGCUGGUUCUGGAUUUAGGCUCUUGUGGAACACCAUUAAGUCAUUCCUAGAUCCCAAGACCACCUCAAAAAUCCAUGUCCUAGGUAACAAAUACCAGAGCAAGUUGCUUGAAAUCAUUGAUGCCAGUGAACUUCCAGAGUUCUUGGGUGGUACUUGUACUUGUGCAGAUAAAGGUGGUUGUAUGCUUUCUGACAAGGGUCCAUGGAAUGACCCAGAUAUCUUGAAGAUGGUUCACAAUGGCGAGGGCAAAUGCAAGAGAAAAACCUUAUCUGGGAUUGAGGAGAAAAGAAUCAUAGAAGAUGGUACUGCAAAUCAAAAUCUAGGAAACAAAGAAUCAUUUCCAGAGAGAUACGAUGUUGAUGUACAAUGUUUAUCUCCAAAAAAGCAAUGUACUGUGUAUAAAUAUGACGCAUUUGUCCCUGUGCUUGGCAAGCCAGUCGAUUCAUCUUGGAAUACAUUAACACAGAAAGAUAAAGAUGCUCUUUCUAAAGGUGCAGAUUGUUUUCCUAGCAAGACUUGUGAUGGGUAUAGCAAUCACUUUGUUGGAGGAAUCAUGGCCAUUGUUAUGGGAAUUGUAACAAUGAUCCGCAUGACAAGGAACAUGCCAAGGAAAAUCACAGAAGCAGCACUGUAUGGCAGCUCAGGGUAUUAUGAUGGCACUAUGAUGAAAGCAGCCACCUUUUCAUGCAAUGAUUACAUGGCCAUGAUGAAGCGCAUGGCUGAACUAGAAGAGAAAGUCACUAUCCUUAGCAUGAAACCUGUCAUUCCACCCGAAAAGGAGGAAGUGCUGAAUAAUGCUCUAGGCAGAGUCACCACUAUCGAACAAGACUUGGUUGCAACAAAAAAGGCACUUGAUGAUGCCCUUGCUCGACAAGUAGAACUCCAAGCUCAAAUUGACAAGAAGAAGAAAAAGAAGAACAAGUUGUUCCGCUUCCGCUGUUUUGCUGCGUGAUCUCAAAUGCAUCAGGAAGAGUUGUAAAAUUGGAGGCUUUCUAUUUCGACUGCCUGUUUGAUUAAAAACCUCUGUCCAAUAUAAAGUUUGACAUUCCUUGACAAUAUUGUGCAUAUGUUGGAUAAAAUUAAGGCAUGGUUUUGUUUUAAAAUAAUCAGAUUAUCUUGCUUUGAGAA